UUAAAACAAACAAUACAUACGUCAUUGACCACAUGCAAUUACGAACAAAUCCACGACAAUAUCGCAAACAAAUUUAUUUCAAAAUAAUAACUUCUUUGAUAAGGACGAAUUUUUUAUCGGUUUCGCGAUAAUUUUAUAGAACUUUAUAUUCUACAUUACUGCUGACCUAUCUAUUUUCAAAUGUGCAGUUAUUACGAAGUACAUUCAGUAGUAAUGAUAUAAUUAUAUUUACAGUAUAUAGUAACGAUAAAUGUACGGUAUAUUUUUAAAAUGAAUAAUUAAGUGCUCUAUUUAAUUUUAUAAAAUAUCAGAAUUUCAUCUUUAAAUUUUUUAAUUCUAACCUAAACAAAUUCUUUUUUUAUGCCUAAAUCUUUACUUAAUACUUAUAAAUUCUUUAAUCAGCUACAAAUACAUACAUAUGUCACUAUUUUUAUCAUGAAAUAUUAUGGUACAUGAACAAUAAAUUAUUUAAAAUAGAUAGUCAUCUUAAUUUUGUAAAGUCAUUGCACUAGAGUAUAUAUUUUUAAAUCAUUCUUUUUAUCUUUUUAUCAUUAUUUUUUUUUAAAUUAUUUUGAAAUUUUUAGUUUUUUUUAUGUAAAGAGUGUGAAAUCAUAUGAUAUUAAAAUCAAUGUAUAUAAAAAAUAACAUAUUUUGUAAUUCUUAUAUCUUCAGAUUAAAUACAUAGUGAAAUAAGUCACGUUUCAUACUAAGUCACGUUUAAAUCACGUUUUAGUUUGAUAUUCUUGGAUUUUUUUACUGGAGCAUGCGUCGAUAUGCAGGGUUAUUCUAUUGACCCAGAACAUGGUGAGACAAAGAUAAAAGAAGAUUAUCCUGUUUUGAAGUCUUUUCUUGUGGGAUCACUAUCUGGUACAUUUUCAACUAUUUUAUUUCAACCAUUGGAUCUUGUUAAAACCAGACUCCAAAGCAAAGUAAAUAUGCAUCUUGAUACUCCAAAAAGUGGUACUUUAGGCAUAGCAAUUCAUAUAAUCAAAAAUGAAAAUGUGUUUGGACUCUGGAAGGGUAUGACUCCAACCAUUACUAGGGUUGUACCUGGUGUUGGAUUGUAUUUUUCAACAUUACAUUGGUUAAAGCACACAUUGCAUCUAGAAGAUCCACUCACAUCUACAGAAGCUUUGCUAUUAGGUAUUACUGCAAGGUCUAUGUCUGGAGUUUUAUUAAUUCCAAUGACAGUAGUAAAAACACGUUUUGAAAGUGAAGUUUAUAAAUAUAAUAGCAUAGCAGAAGCAUUAAGAUUAAUUUACAAGCAGGAAGGAGUAAGAGGUCUUUCAAGAGGGUUAAUACCAACGUUAUUAAGAGAUGCUCCUUAUAGUGGCAUUUAUCUCACGCUUUAUACUCAAUUAAAAAAUAUUUUUACGGAAGCAGAUUUGCCCUACGCCAAGUCGUCAGCUCCGAUUCAUUUUAGUUGUGGAAUACUAGCAGGAAUAUUUGCUUCCAUUGUAACACAACCUGCUGAUGUAAUCAAGACAAAAAUGCAAUUAUAUCCCAAUGAAUUUAAAGACGUUCGUAAUGCAGCUUUUAGGAUUUAUAAAAGAUAUGGUGUAUUAGGAUAUUUUAAAGGCAUUGUUCCACGAAUGUUGAGAAGGACAUUAGUGACUGCAAUGGCUUGGACCGUAUACGAAGAGGUUACAAAAUUUAUAGGGCUUAAAUAAAAUUGUUUCUAUUUAAUAAUAUAAUUUGUUGGUGUUUGUUAACAUCAAAUUUAAAGAAAGUCAAUAAUUUACGCAUGAUGGAACCAAAGUCAUUCAGCCAAUGUAAAUAUUUACACUUGAUAUACAGUAUUUUAGUUUUGUAUAAAGAUAAUUUGAUUCUAGCGGACAAUUGUAUUAUAGCAAAUAUCACUACUAUGUACAGUAUUCAGGUAGAAUAUCCUAUCGCUCAAUAAUGUGUUAUUCCUGUAUAUAUUUUUAUUUAAUAAAUUUUAUAAUUUAAUGUUAAAAA